CUUACCACGGCGAUGUUCUACUUAGCCGCGGUUUCAUGAUCCCGAAAAUUGCGGCGGCCUGUGGUUCCUCCCACCGUGGGUAUGUAUGACCUUUCGUGGUAAUUCCCGCGACCUGAGAAAACCGUUGCGCAGGAUAACUUGUCUCCUACCUCCCACAUGUUUUCUUUGUAAACUCACAACUUCUCGUAUUUAGAGCCCGGAACUACCUUCGAAUCCUCAAAUAAAACAGGGAAGCGUAUGGAGGUCACCCCUGACAUUGGCGCCAGCUCCGAAGGCCUUUCAACUGCAGCCAGUAGACCUUCCAAUGCAGGGAACCUGGAAUCGGGGCGAGACUGGGCCAUGAGUAGCGAAACUGAGGAGCUCUUCAAUAUGGAGCUACCGCACGCGUUGGAAUUUGACUCAAGGAAAUCAGACGAUGCUACAGGGACAGUGAAGGAGGGGAAAAAGCGAGCGGCCCAUAAUGAUCCAUUGGAGGAGAGUGAUGCCGAAGAUGAAUCCGAAUUCUCCACCAAUGCUCACAAUGGAAUGCCAGGCGUUAAUGGCAUGGCGAAGGCUAAACCAGCAGCGAAAAAACUUAAGCUGGAGGAGCCUAGUAACGCUCGGAAUCCACCCUGCUGGAGAUGCAGAGAAGCGGAUAUCCCCUGCCUUGGCAAUAAAACACGAUCUUCCUGCAACGCUUGCUUCCAUCAUCACUGGAAAUGUGCCACGAACCCACCUUCUAUGAAAGGAAAGAAGCCGAAGAACAACACAAUUUCAGCGAACGCUCUGAAGCACCUCCUCUGGCACCCUCAGACUGUCGGCUCGAACAACACCGGAAGUAAAGUGGUGGGGGAGAAAGGCAAUCCAACUUCGUAUUCUACAGUUUCUGGGAAAACAUCAACAGUAACCAACAGUGCCUCUAAAUCAGCGCCGGCCUCCUCUAAGGACAUGGUCUCAGUGUCAGCGCCCACAGCUAAAGGGAAAGAAAAGGCAAAAAUCUCCGAACUCGUCCAACCCUCGGGUCCGUCCAUGUCCUGCACAUCGUCAGGCCUCCCCGUGCUAAUACUCGCACCCCCGUCGGUGUCCGCACCGACAUUGAGGUUGGGACCACCAACGCCAUUGCCGGCGUCAAUUUCGACAGAAUCAUCCAUGUCUGCAUCUGCAUCUGCAUCUGCCUCGAGCUCGAGACAUAAUAGAAAUCGCACGCGACGACAAGAAUCCGCAGGAAUAUCAAAAUCGAGUCGAGAAAAACCCGUGGCUCCGACAUUUUCCGACUAUGCUGGGGAAAAGGUGUCAGACAGGAUUCUAGAUUGGCCUGGACAUACCAAAACUCGUUCGAAUCCAAGGCGGAGUGCUCGUCCCGCCCGGAAAGAGUUUGAUGCAGACACGGAUGAGGAGGAGGAAGAACAAGGGGAGGAGAAACGGAGGCACUCAGCGGCGGACAAAGGAAAACAGAAAGCCCACGAACCCGGCGAUAUCUCUGAACUCUCUUCGCCACCCUCAUCGAUAGGGUCUACACCAGAUCCUUCGUCAUCUCUCUUUCCCACAGGCGCCCUAGAACCUCGUCCGCUUCCUACCACAUCUACCCUCCCGACCGUCGUCACCACCCUGAAUGCGCUAACCAGCAUGGUCAAAACUAUGCGAACUGACCUGGGUGAGGUGAAAGACACCACCGCUAGUCUAUCGGGCUCGAAGAGCACCUUAGACUGGGGAAUCACACUCGAUAAGCUAAACAGGCAAGAGAAGCUUAUUAACCAGCAGAGCAAGGUCCUCGAGGCGCAAGGGGAGAUGAUCCGUGCGAUGGCGAAGAGUAUGAUGGAACUCAUGGGGGAAAAAUUUGUGUUUGACUUUGACGUGGACGAAGGGACAGGAGGAGGAGGGAGGUGUACGGGUGACGCCAGCGAGGCUGUUGAAACUGCCUUACGCCCAGUGGGCAACGAUACAUCGAUGAACCAAGCGUCGACGCCGCAUACAAGUGGCCAAGAUAACGGUAAAGCCGUCGAGCAGGCUGACCGCCCCCUGGUCGUUGAUACAGCGACCAAUAGAGGUUCGGUCUAUGUUCCGUCAAAACCAAUACCAGUGCGAAAGGCAUCAAGUGGCAGCACCCCUUCCUCCCUGACGUCUACGACCACUGUCAUUACGACACAGCCUCAUGAACUUCCGCCCCCAAGAGCCACUUCUUUUAUGCGACCGCAACAGAAACCCGCAGUACCUCAGGAACCUCGAAAUCAGCUCAGCACCCCCAAACCUGCGGUCGUUGGAGAACCAUCGGUAGCCUCAUCGUCUUUACUGUUGCGUCCUAGCAGUGCCAAUGAGGAACGACCUCAUUUUUCUACCGCUCACUGGUCACAGACAAGGGUCCAUGACGAUUCUGAUGAAGAGAGAGAUGAACUGCUCGACGAUACACCGAUAAAGCCGAGCCUUAAACAAGGUUGGGUUAAGACACAGAUGAUGGCUCUGCGAUAG